UUUGAAUGCCGUCAACUCAAUCUUCUGCUUCGUCCCCUUCACCCCUAUCAGCAAUGCCUCCGAUGCAUAACGACAACGUCAUGGACCGGAGUAGCCUGCAGCCGGUCACUAAAGGGAUCCGUACCCUGGUUCCCGGCUUUUAUGUCCCAACAAUUUGCUUCUUUGAUCCCGACACAGAAGAUGUUGACCUCUCUAUCACUUCGGAUCACGCUGUAAGGCUGGCUCAGGCUGGCGUGACGGGCAUCACCGUCCACGGCUCCAACGGAGAGGCCAUACAUCUGUCCUCCGAGGAGCGCAACUUGGUCACAGAACAUACCCGACAGGCUCUAGACAACGCGGGCUACGCUAGCAUGCCACUAAUGGUUGGCUGCAGUGCGCAGUCGACGCGCGAAACCAUUCAGCUAUGUUGUGAUGCGUAUGCAAGCGGGGGAGACUUUGCCCUUGUACUCGCUCCCUCGUAUUACCGGGGCUUGUUCGCUGCGGAUACGAUUAUGCAAUUCUUCACAGAUGUAGCUGACGCUUCACCCGUCCCGAUCGUGAUAUACAACUAUCCCGUUGCCGCUUCAGGGCUUGACCUGGAUUCAGACACCAUCACCGCCCUGAGCAAGCAUCCCAACAUCGUGGGAUGCAAGUUCACAUGUGGAAACACCGGAAAGCUCAACCGGGUUGUUACAGCUCAGCGAGCAGCGCACCAGGGGACGAAACUGGCAAGUAUCAGCAAUGGCAAUGGCAAGGCUAGCAGCAGCGCAUUCCUCUGCUUUGGAGGUUCUGGCGACUUUACGCUCCAGACCCUGAUCGGUGGGGGGUCCGGAAUUAUCGGAGGCAUCGCAAACCUGGCUCCCAAGACAUGCAUGCUGCUUUUGAGCCUGUACGCAGAGGGCAAGAUGGAAGAGGCCCGUGAGGUGCAGGAUGUUCUGUCUAGAGGCGACUGGGCUGCCAUCAAGAGCGGUGUGGUCGGUAUAAAGUCAGCCAUGCAGUCGCACUUUGGAUAUGGAGGGUAUGCAAGGAGGCCACUUCCACGGCCAUCAAUAGAAGCCCGGGACUCGUAUACGAUGCAAUUCAAGGAACUAGUUGACUUUGAGAAGGCGUUGUAG